AUGUCGGCUGGUGCAGGAGACAGAGCGUAUUCGUUCUCAUUGACAACUUUCUCCCCCUCCGGCAAGCUUGUUCAGAUCGAACACGCACUCGCCGCCGUCUCUCAAGGCGCCACCUCUCUCGGCAUCAAAGCAUGCAAUGCCAUCGUAAUCGCCACUGAAAAGCGAGCUCCAUCUCCGCUCGUCGACGACUCGGCACUUGAACGCAUCUCGAUCAUUUGCCCUAACAUCGGUAUGGUGUACUCUGGUAUGGGUCCGGAUUUCCGCAUUCUCGUCACAUCCGCCCGCAAAGCAGCCCAAACAUACUGGAAGACAUUUGGCGAAUACCCGCCCACCCGAGUCCUCGUUCAAGAAAUCGCAACACUCAUGCAACAAGCUACUCAACGUGGUGGUGUUCGACCUUUUGGCGUUUCGCUUCUCGUUGCCGGCUUUGAUUCUGCUAGAGGUGCAAGUCUCUACCAAGUUGACCCAAGUGGAAGCUAUUUCAUGUGGAAAGCAAGUGCGAUUGGAAAGAACAUGCAAAACGCAAAAACCUUUUUGGAGAAGCGAUACAACGAUGAUAUCUCCCAAGAAGACGCUAUUCACACAGCACUGCUCACAUUGAAGGAAGGAUUCGAAGGUCAAAUGACAGAAAAGACGAUCGAGAUUGGAGUGAUUAGCCAGACCCACACGAAGAAGCUGGGGAACGGUGACCAUGGUGAUGCGAUUCCAGUGUUCAGGAAGCUGACCGAGUCAGAGGUUAAGGACUAUUUGGCUUUGUAA